AUGUACCGUGCAAACCAUUGGGAAGAGUAUGCUACUGACCUACUACGUCGAGCCACCCAAGCCACCCUCGAUCUUCUUAACCAUUUGACUUCGAUUUCCCAACCCCAUAACAUAGACCUAUCAAUACUUUAUAGACUUCCAGAUAUCGGAUCCCGACCCUGGUACAGUCUACGAGCCUAUGUAGGUCUUCUAACCCAUCAUUCUUUUGCAGUUGAAGAAGAAAAGAAUGUAGAAUGUGGAAUUUGUAUUGAGUUUCUUAUGGUUCGCGAAAGGUUUAUUCAAUUUCCUUGUCAUCAUUCUCAUAGGAUUCAUGAAACUUGUUUUCAUCUGAUGGCAAUUGCUAGAUCUAAAAAGGACAUCCUUUGCAUCUCAGGCUUAGAUAAGAAUGAUAACAACAAAUUUGGUAUUGAACAACCUGCUGAUCUGAAGUGUGCCUGA